CCCCAGGCCCUUCCUUCCUCCUCCCCCAAAAUGAGAGGAGCUUUUCUGAACAUUGCUAUUUCUCCUCACCCCCCUUCCUUCCUUCUCCAAAAUCAGAGAAGACCUCCUUUGGCCACUGCUAUUUCCCUCAUCUCCUGCUCUCUCUCUCUCUCCUUCCUUCCAAAUGAGGGGAAAGCUUCCUUGGCAUUCCUGUUUUUUAACUCAUCCUCCAAAAUGAAAGAAGAGCUUCCCUGGACAUUGCUGUUUCCCUCCCCUCCUGAACCCCUACCUUCUUCCUCCUUCACCAGAAUGAGGGAAGAGCCUCCCCCAGGCAUUGCUAUUUCCCUCACCCCCUACUCCCCUUUCUUCCUCUUAAGAUGAGGGAAGAGCUUCCCUAGGCAUUGCUGUUUUCCUUCCCCUCCUCUCCAAAAUAAUGGAAAAGCUUCCCUGGAUAUUGCUAUUUCCCUCACCCCUUGUUCCUCUUCCUUCCUCCAAAAAUGAGAGAAGGGCUGCUCUAGGCAUUGCUGUUUCUCUCUGCCCUGGAGAGGCCUUGGCCCUGAGCUGCCCCUCUCCUGCCCUCUUCCAACCCGGGGUCCUCAUCACCACAGAGGAGGAGGAGGACCUUCCAGAAAAUGUAGGGCAUGACCAGACCAAAGAUUUUAACCCUCCUCAACACUCCUAUAAAUAAUAGAAUUGCAUGCAUCUGAGUCAUGCUCAGAGUGGAUGACAUUUUGGAAUUCCUCUUGCGCAGGGUGACCAGAUGUCCUCACCGCAAGGGAGGAUGAGGCACCACAAAAUGGAGGACCUUCCAGGCCAGUGGAGGACAUGACCAAAGAAAAGGCUUAAAAAGAGUCCUGUAAACGCAUGCUUCGUAGUAAUGAUCAGAAUGAAGAAGAUUUUGGAAUUCUUCCUGGACAGAAACAAAUCUGAUUGUAAUGCCAUUUUUAAAGGUCUACAGCCCAUCUUCCAAAAACAGGGAAUGACAGAGACUAUUCAUAACUGGGAAGAUCAUGGUUACCUAGCAACAUAUGUCAAUAAAAAUGGCAGUUUUGCCAAUUUGAGAAUUUAUCCUCAUGGCUUGGUGUUGGUGGAUGUACAAAGCUACAAUGAUUUGAAUGGAGGAGAAGAUGCAGACCAGCUUCUAAACAAGAUAGAAGGAAGAAUGAAAGAACUGUUUCACAGAAACAUCAAACGGGUUAAAAGGUUGCCAGCCAUUGUGAGAGGUGAUACUAUUGACAGAUAUUGGCCCACAGCAGAUGGACGAUUGGUGGAAUAUGAUAUAGAUGAAGUUGUUUAUGAUGAAGAAUCAGCUUAUCAAAAUAUUAAAAUUUUACAUUCGAAACAAUUUGGAAAUAUUCUUAUCCUCAGUGGGGAUGUUAAUCUGGCAGAGAGUGACCUGGCAUAUACUCAAGCGAUAAUGGGCAGUGGGAAGGAAGACUACACUGACAAAGAAGUGCUCAUUCUUGGAGGUGGUGAUGGAGGAAUAUUGUAUGAAAUAGUAAAAUUGAAACCAAAGAUGGUCACUAUGGUUGAGAUUGACCAAAUGGUGAUCGACGGGUGUCGAAAAUACAUGCGGAAAACAUGUGGAGAUGUCUUGGACAAUCUGAAAGGAGAAUGCUAUCAGGUUCUAAUAGAAGAUUGUAUUCCAGUACUGAAGAGGUAUGCCAAAGAAGAAAGGAUGUUUGAUUAUGUAAUUAAUGACUUGACAGCUGUUCCAAUCUCCACAUCUCCAGAAGAAGAUUCCACAUGGGAGUUUCUAAGGAUGAUUCUGGACCUUUCCAUGAAAGUCUUGAAACCUGAUGGAAAAUAUUUCACACAGGGAAACUGUGUCAAUCUGACUGAAGCUUUGACUCUCUAUGAAGAACAACUUGGCAGACUAUAUUGUCCUGUGGAAUUCUCAAAGGAAGUUGUAUGUGUUCCUUCAUACAUGGAACUAUGGGUGUUUUAUACUAUUUGGAAGAAGAGGAGUGAAGUUUGAAGCUCAAAUUCUACAUGCCUCCCUUACCACAUGAAGUGUGUAGACUUGCCAUGUGCUUUGUCUUGGCAUUUUGAAUCUUUAAAUUAUAUGCUGUAGAUUAUCCUGAAAUGUAGUCAUGCUAUCGAUUUGUGAAUUCUUUAAAUGUUUUUUAUUAUUUUAACUUAAAAGCAAAUGGAAAAUGUAUAUUUUGACGAUCUAGGGUGUUAUUUUUUUGAAAGCCAGCUUAGAUGAACUAGCAGCAAAAGCUAUAGCUGCUGAAUGCACUGAACCUUUUAGAAUGUGAUCAUUUUUAUUUUUAUUUUUAUUUUAGUUAUUUGAAUACCAGUUUAAAAAGACAACAUUAGCUUUUCAGUGUGGUCCUCUAGUUUCCCCCACCCCCACGCUUGGACAUUAUUCAAUUUAAUAGUCAUGGUGCUUUAAUUAGACAAGUGGGUGUUUUUUGUUGUUGUUGUUAAAUGAUCAAUGUGCUUCCAUUAGAGGAUUGAAGGGCAGAUUUAUAUUUAUAACUGAUGCCCUCUGGCCCACUGAGAUGUCAUAAAGCUCUAAGAGAUUAUCUGUUUGUGUUCUUUUUUUAUGGGGAAUCUGGAUUCUAAAACUCAUGUGUUGACAUCUGGUAUUAUCGUGGAUCUGAUAGGUCAGGUAGGCAACACAUAUCCAGCACCCUGUUUUGCAAGACCCCAUGCCUCUUGGUUGCUGCAGAAUUCAGAUGGCUACUGCCAUCAUCUAAACUAGCAAAAUUACAGCAUCUUACUCUCCUGCCCAGGCCCAUUCACACUACACAAUUAUAGCACUGUUAUUCCACUUUAAUUGCCAUAGUUUUAUCCUAUGGAUUAUUGGGGUUUGAAGUGUGGUGAGGCACUAGAAUGUUCUAGCUGAGAAUUCUAAAUGCUCCUCCAUAAAUUCCCAGGAAUCAACAGGACAGAACCAUGGCAGAUAAAGUGGAAUAACAACACUAUAAUUGUCCUGUAUAAAUGCUUUGCCCUGAUGACUUGUAGAAAGAUAUUCUAGUGCUGAAAGUUAUAUCCACAGUCUGCAUGUGCCCCAGGUAUAUUUUUGAGGGAGCCGAAACAAAUUUUGUUUUGUUUUACUAAAUUGUUCUUUGCAAGUACCUUAAAAAUAGCCUUAAAAUGUAUUAAGAUGGUUAAAAAUAUCAACUAACUUAGUUCUUCAUGAAAUAAGGGCCUCUCUUGAGCUUAAAACAGCCCAGAAGGUCAAAAAUAUUUAUAUCAUGGUUGCCAUCCAUAUCCCCUUAGUUGUAUGGAAGAGCAUUUUUAGUUUUAAAAAAAUCCAAGGUUGGGAUGUUGGAGGGCAUGAUUGAAUGUGCAACUCCCUGAUGUGAUGCAGGAUAGCAGUGCACUCUUGUGUCAGCCUCUUAUAAUUGUUUAUCCUGUGAUAAACCCACUAAUAAUAUUGAUAGCUGCUGCAGUUGCUCUUGAAUUUUAGUGGCAAUCGUGACGGUAGUUGCCAAAGGCAGUGGAGACAGGUCUCACAAGAGUGAAGGCCCAAGGAGGUUGCCUAUAUCUGUGAUAGGUCAGUUAUUGUUCUUGACAGUGGGCAGAUUUGUUAAGAAUUAACAUUUGGGCAGGGGGAUCACCUUGAAGUGAAUUUGCCGCUUCUGAAUUAAUAUGAAUUGGGCUUAGUCCUUAGUUAUAAAUGAAAGGAACUAAAUUGAGAUUUAAUUAAUUGUCUGCAUCGGUCCAUUUUAAUUUGCAAACCAGGGGUGAAGAACCCAUAGUCCUCCAGAUAUUAGUCUAUGAUGUCUAUCAUCCUUGAUCAUCCUGGGUAGGCUGAUAGGAGUUGGAGCACCACAAAUUUAUUGUGUAGACUUUUCAACACAAAAGUAGAAAUGUUCCCACCUACCAAUAGAUUUGCAAACUACAGUAUUGCUAGCUAUGUAUGCCAUUGACUUAAGCAGCCUUAAAUGGUUAGUGAACCAUCAUUCAAAUCAGUUAGCCUCUAUUAUGUUUAUUAUAAAUUAUAGGGAACUAUAUUAUAUUAAAUAAAUACUGUUAGAGCUAUGCAUCUUGAAACUGUAGCUUGCACUGCUUCCCCAAAUCUUCAAGAUUCUAAAAAUGUAUUAAAAUUCUUUCUUUUGGUUACAUACCCUUUUACCUUUAGUGCUAAUUCACAGAGUGUGAAAGGUAAUUGAAAAAGGAAAAUUAGAUAAGUGGUUUAGGUUACAGUGUGCAGGAAGUGUCUUCUUCCUCAGCCUCAUCUACGCAAAUGGGAAAUGUCCUCUUCAUUUUAGUGUGGUCUGUGCAGGGGAAGUUUCUAGUGGAUUGUGCCCCUGAGAGUCUUGUGCAUCUUGUAUUUAUAUUUUGUGCAUGUCUGUAAACAAAAUGUUUACUACACUCAGUGGAGUCCAGCCUUAUGGAUGUGACUGAUUCUAAAGCCCAUAUACUAUAUUUGCAUAAGCAUGUUGAAAUAUUAGAAUUUAUUGCCUUUGUAAACCUCCUCUAGCCCCGGUCUGCUUCUGCAUAUGGUGUGAAAUUAUAUUUUUGUAAAAUCUUUCUGUGUAUUGAUUGGUCAUUCACUUAUAACCUUGCUAGAAGCAAAUCCUUAAAAUAGCUCAGAAAUGCUUCCUUUCUUGUAUAUUUUGGAGAGACAGGGAAUUGAAAUGCACCAUACUUUUCUUACCAGUUUAAACCAUCUAAGCAUAAUAUUAACCUCUCCCCACCCCUGAAGGAGUUGCUUUUCAUUUGGUUAUUCUAUUUUCUUGUAGCACUAGCAAAAGAGUGACUUACACUGCCUUUCCCCCCAAAUAUAGACAUAAAUCCAACGAGAGGAAUGAUUUUUUUUUAUGCCCUGUAGUGUGUUAUGCACCCCAAAAAUUUGCUCUGGAACACUGAGAAGUCCCUUGGAGACAGGUUUUGGAUGACACUGAGGGUUUAAAAGGAAGUGGGGGGAAGUAAGAGGCAUUCAGAUCUAGCACAAUGUGGGAGUUUUACCACAGGCACAAAAUGAGCCUGCUGUAUUGUUAAAAAAAAAAAAAAUCCAAUGCAUUUUGCACAAUUCUUUUUUCUACAGCAUGAAUUUAAAAGAAGAGCAUAGUCCAUACAGUCCUUUGUAGUUUUUGAAGGCAUUAUGCAGUGGGGUCCAGUAUUCCUUGAAACACAGGGAUUUGUCUUUCACCUUGGGGUUCUGUUAUGCUAACAGUUUGUAACACCUGAAUUAUAUUCUGAAGCUACCUAAUAAACUAUUUUAAUCUCUG